GGCUGGGAUCCUGCACGGCUUCCCACACAGAGAGUUUGAGAAGUGCUCUGGACUUCCUGGUACGGGACCAUGGACAUUUUCUGCUCCACUCCGGCCGGGGAACUACCCGCAGCGAUGUGAACGAGGAGGACCCGUCGAGUUGAGAGCAAGGUCAUGAGUGCCUCUACGAGAGACCCAGUGGAGAAUAACCUCACCUGUCCAAAGCCCCGUCCUGCCUGGGCCUCACCCUGCCCCCCACCCCUGGACUCCCACCAUGACGUCUGAUACCGAGCAGGAUGCGGCGGUGAAACUUGACCAGGAGCGGGCUGAGAUAGUCGCCAAAUAUGAUAAGGGAAAAGAGGCCACUGUGGAGCCCUGGGAGGACACCAACUUCCACCUGUACAAAGUCAUCGACCGCUUCGGCUUCGUCCAUGAGAAUGAACUUCCAUCCUACGACUCGGUGGAGGAGAAGCAAAAACACACGGAGGUGGAGCGGACCACCAAAUGGCUGAAGAUGAUGAAGAGCUGGGACAAGUACAAGAACAGUGAGAAGCUGGUCCGGAGGAUCUAUAAGGGAAUUCCCCUGCAGCUCCGAGGGGAGGUGUGGUGUCUGCUGCUCGACGUUCCCAAAAUAAAGGAGGAGAAGAAAGACUUCUACGAGAAAUUAAAAGCCCGAGCCAGAGGACUCUCCCCUGACAUCCGACAGAUCGACUUGGAUGUGAACCGAACCUACAGGGACCACAUCAUGUUCAUGCAUCGCUACGAUGUCAAGCAGCAGGCUCUCUUCCACGUCCUCACGGCCUACUCCAUGUACAACACGGAGGUGGGCUACUGCCAGGGCAUGAGUCAGAUCACAGCUCUGCUGCUGAUCUACAUGAACGAAGAAGACGCCUUCUGGGCUCUGGUCAAACUGCUGUCUGGGCAGAAACACGCCAUGCACGGGUUUUUUGUCCCCGGCUUCCCGAAGUUGAUGCGUUUCCAGGAGCACCACGACCGUAUCCUCAAGAAGAUGAUGCCCAAACUGAAACAACACCUGGACAACCAGGAGGUGUUCACCAGUCUCUACACCAUGAAGUGGUUCUUCCAGUGCUUCCUGGACAGAACGCCCUUCACCCUCACCCUCAGGAUCUGGGACAUCUACAUCUUGGAGGGAGAACGAGUGCUGCCUGCCAUGUCCUACACCAUCCUCAAACUGCACAAGAAGCACCUGCUGAAGCUGUCCAUGGAGGAGCUGGUGGAGUUCCUGCAGGCGACUUUGUCCAAAGAUUUCUACUUCGAGGACGACUUUGCAAUCGAGCAGCUACAGGCGUCCAUGACGGAGCUGAGGAGGGCGAAGCUGGAGCUGCCUGCACCAGGUAAAGAGGACGAGUUUCCCAAGAAGCCCCUCGGGCAGCUUCCUCCUGAGCCGGGAGCAGCGGUGGUGAACCACGUGGGCAACGGCGAGAGCCACGCCGAGCCGGCCGAACCUCCCAGGGACCCGAGUCCUGCACAAGACCGCCAGCGGGAGAGUAGGCCCCCCAGCCGGUCACGCCGGGACUCGCUAGAUAAACCAUUCCGCCACCACAAGGCUGACAAGAGGGACGCCCGUUCCAGGGGGUCAGGGGAGAUCCCCAGUGAGAAGCAGUCCACUUCCACCACACCUGAAAGGGGGGCGACACCGCCCUCAGCGCUCACCCCCACAUCACAGCUCACCACAGUGGACAGAAGGAAGCCGCAGAGCCACGCCACCGCCAACCACAACUCCAACGCGGCCUCCAGCUCUCACAGAGACAUAACCCCCCGCUGGUUCAAACCCUCCGAGACCAAGCUAGAAGCCGUCAAAGCGGCGGCCGCCCGAGAGGUCCAGCUGAGCAGGGGGGCGUCACCGGCCCCCUCCAGCCCAGACGACCCCGUCCUCCCCCAUCGCCGACCUCGCUCCAAGGGCUUCAUCCCCGGCGCCGACCGCGGCUCCAACGCCUCCCAGUAUGACAAUGUACCGGGGGUGCCGGAGCAGGAUUUCGAGAUCUUGGAGCUCGAGAGACCUCCGUCCAGAAUGAGGACCCCUCGCAGUGAGACGCCCUUCAGUAUGUCAUCCAUCCAUCAGGGCAGCCCCGGCCGUGGACCCAGCCUGGCAGGAAGUGUUGUCUCCGUCGCAUCAGGGGCCAGGAUGCCCAAACACCCGCUUCCUCCAUUUUCCCACAACAGUCCAGCGGGGAUCCAGACCGGCUACCCGGGCAGCCAGAGCCAGUACCACCCCUCCCCCAGGCAGCCAUCCCCAGGCAGAGCUACGACCGAGGUGCCCAUCUUCCAUCCAGCCUACAGCGUGAACCUGGACCACAGAGGAGAGGACAGACUCUAUGCCCCACCCUCCAGAUUCCCCCCACCCUCCAGCGUGGCGUACGGGGAACAAAUGUACGCCACCACCCAGCGGCAGCCCAACAGCCUCUCCCCAGAGAAGGCUCUCAUGAACAACUCCUUUGCCACAUACCGCAGACAGCCGCCACCCGGCUCCACCCACAACCCCCGCGGCAUCAGGCCUCCCCCGGAGCAUUCGAUGCAGCUGGAAACCCAGGGGAGCUCCACCCCCAUCUACCUGCAACAGCUCACCUCCACCACACAGGUCUACACCCCGGUGGACUACAGGUUUGAGGGGCAUCGGCGAGGCGAGGCCAACCCGCACUACCUGCCGGAGGGAGGGCCUCGGCGGGCCGUAGAGGGGUCGGUGUGGGCGUCGGAGGAUGAGCUGCCCCCUCAGUCUCCAGGUGGGAUGCCCCGCUCCCCCAGCUUCCAGAAAGCCCAAAUGUCUCCGGUUCAGGAGUUCACUUUUCCCGCCGCCCCGGACGGCCUGCUCCAUUACAGGACACAGUUCCAGGAGCAGCAGCCCGUCAUAAGGCAACAGCUCCCCCAGCUGUUUGGAGGACCACACUACAGGCACGCACAGGAGGCGUUCGCCAUGCAGGAGUCCAUGCUGCUGUAACUGAACAAUAAGGAAAUGGAGAGACACUGUAUUAAAAAAUAAAAAUAAAAAAAGAGGUGUAGUCACUGACACUGUGGUAAAGACGAGCAGUUGUCCUAGCUUUGUUAGGAACCUGGUUUUGUUGUUCUUGAUGUGUGAAGUACUGACCUUCUGACUGUCGCGCUGCAUCGUAACGUUGCAGGACACACCAGCCUCUGACGUUUUUACUGAUCACUUUAAAAAGAGAAAAAAAAAAAAAAACUGACUGAAGAUUUUAUUUUAUUUUUGGAUGUAAAUCAUUAACGAGAGGUGACAGUAUAUGUCUUUUAGAGUCUGAUAUGUACAGUGGAUUUUUUUGUUAAUAUGCUGAGUUGUUAUCAGUAGCGGGGGGGGGGGACUCUCCCCUGAGAGAGCAAAACUCUGAUUUAUUUUCCAUCUUUAUUUUUUUAUAUGUUACUUACAGAUAUUUACAUUAGAGAUAAAUUUACUCUAUAUGCUCGUGAAUGUUAUUUUUCAAAGAGAACAAGUGAAACUAUGUCCAAUUAAACAAUUUAGAAAGAAGUUGAUUUCCCAUUUCAAUUCUGAAGCGCCUCCACUGUAGAGAAAAAACAGGGUUUGUUGUAUAUUUUUUAGUUUUGCCUUUUUCAGUUUCAGUCAAAGUUUUCCUUCCUGAUUAACUCAUGUGCAAUGCAUUUCUCUGUCCCUUGUGACGUACAGUAUGUUGGGUAUUUACACAUAUUUGAAGCCAGUGUAGUUUUUGGUUAAGUUCCUACCCUUAUUAGAGACUCACUAAUUUGUGAGGGCUAAUAACAUAUAUGUAUAUUUUUGAUUUGAUGGCUUUAAGUCAUCUUAUUUGUGAUGUAACUACAGGCAACAUGUUUUUUUGUUUUGUUUUGUUUUGUUUUUUUAAUUGCUGUACUGUAGCCACCACAUCUUGAGCACAUGAAAUAGUCCCAGUAAAAAUUUGCUUUACUUCAUUAUGUCUGAUUAUUCUCAACACUGUCAUAUCCACUACUGUUCAGCUCCUGGCACUUCUACUGGCAUACAGAGUCUUCUGGCACACACACACACACACACACACACACACACACACACACACACACACACACACACACACACGCUCUCACUACAUGUCACAAAUGUGAGUCACACAUUUUUAACAUUUAAUCAGUCACAUUCCCUAUCCUUAUUAUUAGAAUUAUUAUUCCUCAUUCUCUGGUUUUGAUGCAGUUAUUCUCAGACAGUAUUGCUGUACUGUUUAUUACAUUCCCUAAGUUAUCUUUGUUAUUUGUUAAACAACUAAUUGCAAACCAUUCUGAUACUUUGCUUAAUAAAAUAAGGUGGGUUGAAAAUGAA